AUGACGUCCCUCGUUGAUACAGCCAUCACCACCAGUCAUGAAGUCCCAACGGAUCGUUCUGGAAAACUUGUCAUGCAACAGGACACCAUUGAUAAUAAGAAAGCAGAGAAACUCGGAGUCCAGCCCCCCAAGAAAUAUAGACACACCUUUGCCGUCCAUUCUGCUACUAGACACUCAUGUUUGAGCCAGGACUCUGCUGCGCAGACCAGUUUUACUGGAUUCAGAAACUUGGGUGCGCUGGUCAUCAUUGUAUCUAAUUUGCGAUUGAUGAUUGAAAACUUCAAAAAGUACGGUGUCUUGAUCUGCAUCAGUUGCCAUGACUAUCGCCGCCAGGACGUCAUUUAUGGUAGUAUUCUCUACUUCCUGGUCCCUUGCCAUCUGUUUGUCGCCUACAUCAUUGAGCUUGUUGCUGCUCAGCAGGCCAAGGGUGCUCUUGCCAGAGCCAAAAAGAUGGAUGUUGAUGCAGCGGCCAACUUGGAUCAACGAAGACAGGAACUACGAGCUUUUCGCACAGCAUGGCACCUGAUUGCCUUCGCACAUGGCGUCAAUGCUACCCUUAACCUGGCCCUCGCAACAUAUGUCGUCUACUACCAUAUCCACCAUCCUGGUAUCGGCACGUUGUGUGAGCUACACGCUGUGAUUGUAUGGCUCAAGACGUGCUCAUAUGCUUUCACCAAUCGUGAUUUACGACACGCCUUGCUAUAUCCUUAUGCAAGCGAAGUCCCCAAGCUUUACAGCUCUUGCCCAUACCCGCAGAACAUCACACUCAGCAACCUAACCUACUUUUGGUGGGCUCCGACAUUGAUCUACCAGCCGGUAUAUCCUAGAACAGAGAAGAUCCGCUGGCCUUUCGUCUUCAAGCGUUGUGUCGAAGUCAUUGGACUCAGUAUCGUCAUCUGGAUCGCAAGUGCCCAAUACGCAGCUCCACUUCUGAGAAACUCCUUGGGAACUAUAUCUUCGCUGGAUCUACCAUCUAUCGCUGAGCGUCUGAUGAAGCUCUCAACCAUCUCGCUCUUCUGCUGGCUAGCUGGGUUCUACGCCCUCUUCCAAUCGUUCCUUAAUGCCCUUGCAGAAGUGAUGCGGUUUGGCGACAGGGAGUUUUACGGGGAUUGGUGGAAUAGCAGUGGUGUGAGGGGAUAUUGGUCUAGCUGGAACAAACCAGUCUUCCAAUUCAUGAAGCGACAUAUUUAUUCGCCAAUGGUUGGACGAGGUGUGCCGCCACCCGUUGCUCAGAUCAUGACUUUUCUCUUCUCCGGUGUGCUUCAUGAGCUGCUGGUCGGUGUUCCCACUCACAACAUCCUUGCAGGGGUGGCUUUUGCUGGUAUGAUAUUCCAGUUGCCCUUGAUCUUUCUGACGGACCCGUUGGCUAGAAUGAAAGGAGGCAAUGGAAAACUACUGGGCAAUCUUAUCUUCUGGGUUUCAUUCUGUCUUGUUGGCCAACCACUAGCUGCACUCAUGUACUUCUUUGCCUGGCAAGCCAAGUACGGUAGCGCCAGCAAGCCGCAACUUUGGAAUAUAGGAUAG